AUGCAUUUGUGGAGCUCAGAUCUUCAGGGUUUGUCUCUUUUAUGCUUGUUUUUCUGCAGCGGGAUGGGGCUGUUGCUAAAGAUUCUUGUGCCAUUUGUGGGAUUGGUCUUGGCCUUCGGUUUUUAUUCAAAGGAAGAUUUUAAACCAGAGAUGCUGAAAGGGAAGCGAGUGAUCGUCACUGGAGCAAGCACUGGAAUUGGAGAGCAAAUGGCUUAUCACCUGGCCCGGAUGGGAGCCCAUGUUCUGAUCACAGCACGGACAGAAGCCAAGCUUCAGAAAGUUGUCACACGGUGCCUAGAGCUGGGCGCAGCAUCUGCUCACUAUAUGAAUGGCAGCAUGGAAGACAUGGCACUUGCAGAAGACGUGGUGAAGGAAGCCAGACAAUUGUGGGGAGGCCUAGACAUGCUGAUCCUCAACCACAUCGGUUACACCUACUUUAACUACUUCGAUGGAGAUGUUGAGCAUAUACGAAAACUCCUGGAGAUUAACUUUCUCAGCUAUGUGGCCAUGACAGUCUCUGCACUGCCGAUGCUGAAGGAGAGUGGGGGCAGCAUCCUUGUGGUUUCAUCCAGAGCAGGUAAAACUGGAAUUCCAUUUGUUGCUCCCUACUCUGCAACUAAGUUUGCCCUGGAUGGAUUUUUCAGCUCCUUGAGACAGGAAUUAAUAAUCGAGAAUAUCAAUGUUUCCAUCACGCUCUGCAUCUUGGGCCACAUUGCUACUGAAACUGCUGAGAAAACCGUUUCCCAUGUGAUGCCGAAGCCAGGUGCACCAAAGGAAGAGUGUGCACUGGAGAUUAUCAAGAGUGGAGCAUUGCGAAAACGGGAACUCUACUAUCCAUACACCACUGUGAGAAUCCCCCUCUUAAUACGAGGCUGGGCUCCAGAAUUUUUGGACUCACUCAUAAGAAAUAGUUUAAAUGUGGAAAAGGUCAAAAGAAGUUAG